AUGGUUCGAGGAUGCGUACUUGGUCAUCAUAUCGAUGGUAGUGCAGUGAUUCCGGAUCAGUUUCUGACUGGUGAUCAACCUAAUCCUGCAUACCAUGAGACGACUCAGAAUGCAUGGAGCAAACUUGUGGCUGCCUAUGCGUCUGGAUCAAAGCCACAGAUUCAUGAGUUAAAGACACAAUUACACAUAUUACGAAGAGAUAAUGCAAGUAUUGAAACCUAUGUGCAAAAGGCAAAGGGAAUUGCAGACAAGUUGGCUGCAUUGCAGCAUCCCGUUAAUAAUGAUCUGGUUGAAUUUAUUAUCGCUGGUUUAGGACCAACCUAUCGACCCUUUACAAGAUCACUUGAAUCGCAUCAAGAGGAUAUUUCUUUUGAUGCUUUGUACGGAUUGUUGUUGAAUGAAGAAAGACAAUUAAAAAGAGAUGAGGCUCUUAAUGUCAUAGCGCCGACAUCACAAUUCACUCACAACUCAGUUGAUCACAAUUGUGGACGCGGUAGAGGUAGCGGCUAUAGAGGUCGUGGUCGCUCUUCGAAUCAAGUUUACUCCGAGAUGGCUCAUAAUAGUGGUUAUCAACACCAUACUCCAUCCUCUAAUAUUCAGUCUUCAAUCACAGAUGCAUCAACCAUUAUUUGUCACAAUUGUGAAGGAAAAGGUCACAUCACACAAGUAUGCCCAUCACCUAGAACAACUAAUGGAACUCGAUCUUUUGGCAAACUCGUCUCUAACCUAGCAAACACGCAACCUUCGUCUACCCAAGAUUGGUUGAUGGAUAGUUGUUAUUUGUAG